GUGGUUUGUUUACACCAACAAUCUUCCGUUGUCUGUUUUUGGCCCGUAUAAAGGCAAGCUCAUCGCUAACACUUAUCAGCCGCUGAAGCUAUCAUAAGACCAUUCUCCGCGAAUACCUGUGCGAUUUCCACGGGCCCAUCAUACAAUACCGAAAAACCCAUACACUCCUCGAUUCCCAUCAUGACAACCAACGCCACCAGCCCUUCUAGACCCUUUCCUCUUUCUGACCGCUCAACAAACACUUUUCUUCCUUCGCCUUCAAAAGAUACUACCAAGGUCAGCGGUGACUGUGAAGCGGAUACUAAAGCCGCGGCUACCAAAUCCAUGGAAUAUCACCGUCAAGUUUUAAAAGAAAAACUUGAAGGGGGGGCUCUGAAGGCUCCAGAGUACUAUGUGUCUCCAUCCGAUGAUAUUAUGAGUCCAUGCACCAAGAAGAUAUGCGAUUUGAAAGGAAAGAAAUUCAAAAACGCAAAGCCUCAAGUCCUAUUUGCAAAGGCCAUUGCAAAGAAAUCUUACGAGAAGAUGAGCUCAGAGAAACCUGGAAAUGACGGCGCUGAUGCUUAAGGAUUUCUGGCUUCGAGCUCGACAAAUGCUCUAGGCUACCGUUCUCAUUUGCUAUGAAUUUCCUUGUGUUAUCAUGACAGGCUUCACGACCACCACUUUAUUUUCACUAUUUGUAUUUUUCCUUCCAAUUUUUCUGGCGGUGCCUUAUGGACCAGGUAUGGCGUUUUUAGCGGCGCGGAGGGCCCAUAGGAUGGAAUCAGAGCGGUGCAUAGGGCACCUACAAAACGGGACUUGGGACAUCAGGAUAUUAAUGGCUGGUUGUGGGGGGUUGAUAUGGUGUUGCCAGGUUCUGUUACAUUGCUAAGAAUUGUCGAGAAUCCUAUUAAUGACACAGAAUUUGUCUACA